AUCAACUCUCAUUCUUACACAAAGAUCUAUACAAUGUCUAGUAACAAAAUUCCCCUAUCCCUCGUUUUCUUGAUAGCCCUAAUUACACCAACAACCAUUGUUGCCCAAAACUCACCCCAAGACUAUGUCAACAGCCACAACACGGCGCGCGGCCAAGUAGGCGUGGGCGCAGUGACAUGGAGCACAACCCUCGCCACCUAUGCCCAAAACUAUGCUAACCAAAGAAUCGGAGAUUGUAACAUGACACACUCUAAUGGGCCAUACGGCGAAAAUCUUGCUAAAGGCAGCAGCACUACUUUCAGCGGUGUAGAUGCUAUUAAUUUGUGGGUUUCCGAGAAGUCGAACUAUUAUUACAGCCCGAAUAGCUGCGCGGUUGGAAAAGUGUGCGGUCAUUACACGCAGAUUGUGUGGCGCGAUUCGGUGCGCAUCGGGUGCGGGAAGGCCAGGUGCAACAAUGGAUGGUACUAUGUGGUCUGCUCCUAUGAUCCCCCGGGCAAUUGGGAUGGGGAAUGGCCUUAUUAGGACUACAUGUUUACUGCAAAUUCACAUUUUACAUAUUCACAUAUACAGUUUCAUUUUCAGUGUUAAACUAUAUAUAUAUAUAUAUGGAGAAGUAAAUAAAAAGCAAAUAAGCGUGAAUGUUUAUGUACAUGAGGUUGGUUGUGGUCAGCAUAUCGACACACAAUAUUUGUAUCAACUUUUUUAAAUGAAGAUUUUCUUAU